UGACUGUGGCAAGCAAAACUGAAACGCCAAACCAAGUGAAUUAAGCGUUUCCUGUGACUCCAGUAUUUAUUUAUUUACUUACUUACUUUGCCAACACAAUAAGCAACUAUACAGACACAACGAGACUGUAUAAAUUAGCAUUAGCAUGCUAGCUGGCAUUGUGAAACAGCUUGUUAAGCAGACUAGCCUGCUAACUGGGUAAGCGUCAGGUUAAUGAUUGGCAAACCCGAUCAAUCAAACGUUUAGGGUCAUUUAAAAACAGGUUCGAUAGCGCAAACAUUCAAGCACACCAGACAACAUGACCUCGCUUAAAUUCUGCGCUAACAUCUCGUGGUUAUUCACGGAGCUGCCCGAGUUCACUGAGAGACUGCGUGCAGCUGCGUGUGCAGGUUUCCAGGCUGUGGAGGCGGCUUGGCUGUACAGCUCUGACCCGAGAGAGCUGCAGAAAGUCCGGGAGGAAACCGGACUGCAGGUGUGUCUUAUUAACACUCCGCCGGGUGAUGUAAAUAAUGGGGAGCUGGGCCUGGGUGCUGUGCCAGGGAGGGAGCAGGAUUUCAGACAGGGUUUGGCUCAGGCUGUACAGUAUGCUAAAGCACUGGACUGCAAGAGGAUCCAUGUAAUGGCAGGGCGGAUACCUGCAGGGGAAAAGCUGUCUGAGGUCGGUGUGGAAAUGGAAAGCACCUUUGUGCAGAACCUGAAACAUGCUGCUGAUGUUCUAUCAAAGGAGGGCAUUAUGGGAUUGAUCGAGCCUAUUAACACAAGGAUAACUGACCCUCAAUACUUCCUGAACUCACCACAUCAGGCUGCUGCAAUCCUUCAGAAAGUUGAUCAUCCAAACAUCAGACUGCAGAUGGACGUUUUCCACUGGCAGAUAAUGGACGGGAACCUGACGCAGAACAUCCGGAGAUACUUCCCCUUAAUAGGUCACAUCCAGGUUGCGCAAGUUCCUGAUCGCCAUGAACCUGAUAGUCUUGGAGAGAUCAACUUCCCUUACAUCUUUAAGCUGCUGGAGGAACUGGGCUACCAGGGAUAUGUGGGCUGUGAAUACAAACCACUGAGUUCCACAGAAGAAGGCCUGGGUUGGGUGAAGAAAUACUGGAAGAGUAAACACUGACAAGUCACGUCCAAAACCACACCCUAUUCACUACACAGGGCACUGAUUUUGUACAUUUCUGUAAUAUCCACUCAUGAAAUCCAACAAAGCAUCACAACUGGUAGCUUCCAAAUGUAUACACUCUUUAAUAAGACACAUCCAAACUGGAUACUCUGACGACAUCAGCUAUAAAUGUGUCCGUUAAUAAUACGGUGUGUUUUCGGACACAUCCGCAAUGGUCUGAAGAUGGUGACAAGAGCUCCAGACAGAAUUAUAGCUGAUUGUCCUGUUUUAAUAAAAUCAUUGUUGCUGUGCA